AUGCUGUCGGAGAACGCAACGACGAUCAUUGCCACGAUUCCGGCAGAUCCACCGGAAAAUCUCACCGUGAGCAAUGAGACAGCCUACACGUUUCUGUUGGAGUUUGAUGCCGGAGAACCGUACGUUGGCCAGCUUGAGUGUGCCAAGGACUGCUACUUCACCGGCUGGGCUGUGGAGGUUCGCGAAAACUGGACAGACGGCAAUUUUAGCAACGAGACCAACUACACAGAGUUGAACUAUUCACUCUGGGUGCCACGUGACGAGUGCAAGAACGAGGCAGCUUUCCCUCGAAACCGCAUGCGUUGCGUCGUUCCAAGACUGCGGAAGCACUCGAUCUACGACGCAAAGGUGCGGGAGACGUGCUACGACGGCUACACGGAGCUGCUGGACAGCGACUUCUCUUCGGAGCUGCCGGAUCGACAGAUUCUCGUCCUGAUGGGAUGGCAUGUCGCCUCCGGCACCGGAGCAGCGCAGGAGUCGCUAUCGGGUCAUCCAUGCUGGGGAGCAGAUGCGGCCGACUCUUGGGCAUCCGCGUUAACACCGCAGCGCUGUUGCGUGAAUCCACCAUUUGGGGAUGCGCGUUGUUGGAUGAAUGGCCUCGACUUUGACCUCUGCUGCACUCGCUGGCUCCACCCGCGCACGCCAGAGCCGGUGCACCAGCGGCUGAAGGAAGACUUGACAAAUUGCAUGCAAGGAGCGGCGCCUGACGCGCAGCCCAGCACCGAGUGCCGGAUGUCGGCUUAUGCUGCGAUUGAAGGUUCACCUCUCGGGCGUCUUCUUUGGUGUGCCAUUGAAACAGCACAUUGCUCCCGUGUCUUUGACGUGUUCAUCGGCUCUGGUUGCAGUGCCGCCACUGCGGCAGCCGCCAUGUCUGCCAGAAGGGCCAGCCCUCGGCCGGUGCCCGUCGUGAUCGGCUUCGAGGAUCCGGAGCCUCAGCGAGCACAGAAGUCGCAUGCCGCACUCGCGCGCUGGCGGGCGAGGCGGCUUCCGGUCGGCGGCAUUGGUAAACAACAGCUCCAGCAGCUUCGUGCGGCGAGCCUGCGCCUGCGGAGCUGGGUGGAGGAAAAGGGCGGCGAGGAGGCUUUUGUGGGGUUGCUGGCCGGGCCCAUGCGUCCAAGAAACAGCAGCUGCAGCGAGUGCUUGUCGCAGUGGGCCUUGGACUGCCCGGAGCGCUGUGUCUACUCCUUCGGGGCCAUCGAGGCAGCCUGCGAGGCUUUGCGCGGCGUGGACCUGGUCUUCCUGGACUCCGAUGGCUCGGCAGCAGAUGGCUGGCUGGUGGAGUGGCUCCAGGUGGAGAGGGCCUGCGCCCCUCGACUGGUACUGCUGCUGAACUUGUCCCUGCCAAAUCAUGGUGCUUGGAUCAAGGAGCGGCUUCUAACUUUGGGCUACACCGAAGUUUGGCGAGACGGCCUAUCCUUUUUCAACAAUGGCAUUCUCCGACGUGCGCCGUGUGCGGACGUGGUGACUCUGCCCAGGCUUAAUGUCGUGGAGUUCAUGGACAGCCGUCGUUUGAUCGCGGAGCUCCGUGAGAACGCUCUAUUCAGCAAUCGGGGUAUAAGGUACCCUGAAGAGGAAGACAUUGAGGGCAGUGGGACAUAUGCCACUGGUCAUUGUCAGACGAAGUACGAGAUCUCGAGCUUCACAGAGGCUCAAAAGACGGCCGCAACGGAUGCCACCUCGACCGGUCCAUCUGGAUCGAGUCUCGAAGCAGGCCUCGAGAAGACACAUCCGGGCUGUUUCAUCCUCCGUGAUGUGAUGUUCAACAGCAAUAGCUGGUCGAUGUGGCGUUUGCCCACAGCGAGAGAACCUGCAGUCGCGGACGACGUGGACCCAGUGCGUGCGGCUCUGAAGCACACAGGGGUUCUGGAGUUGCCGUGCAGGCGAAGGGGGCCCGCCUUGCUGUGCUCUCGCUGUCGGAAUCUGGCUUCAAGCCAUGCACCUUUCCUUGGCCAUCCAGUAUUCGAGAGCCGCCUGGGCUCGUCCACGCCUGUCCACGCCAUGACGUCGAAGCAGCGGAGUGCGAUGAUGACACUCGUAAGUCCUGCAAGCCUCCUCCAGGAAGAGAUCCUGUGCAGCUGCUACGCGUUCCUGGGCAAAGAUGGAGUUGCAGACUUUAUAUUCGUGGAGCAGCAUCUUUGUUGGGGAAGGGGUAUAUGGUUUGCGGUUAAGUCGGAGGAUGUGCAGUUUCGAGCCUGGGCUGUGGAGGCCGAGACGCUUGUGCCGGUGGCAGCGACGAGUCCCUUCGGCCUGGUCAGUUUGGGCCAGGGGCCUUACAGCUUCUCGUUGGCCUGGUCUGCAGGAGAUCCGAAGGACUGCCUCUACCAGAAGUGGCUGGUCGAGAUAAAGGACGACAACUACACAGGUGAUGUGUGGCGAGAGGCCAUCGAGUGUGGACGGGAAGCGCGCGAUGUCACCAGCUGCACCAUCACAAGGCUUCACGAAGGCUACCUGGGGGAAGAGGCCCAUCUUCGCAGCAACACGGAGUACGAAGUUCGCGUGAAGGAAUUCUGCCAAACCUACACGUCGAUCUACGAUCCAUGGGGAGGGUCGCGAGAGCGUGCGGAGUACCUGGACAGUCCCAUCCACUAUCUGCCGGCCGACCAGUUGCCCAGGACACUGGCUCCUGUGCCAACAUUGACACCCCUCAAUUUCAAAGUGAACGAAACGGAUCACCAGUCCUUUAGACUCAGCUGGGAAGCCCAAAUCUCCAACGACUGCCGGUUCCGGAACUGGACCGUGGAGAUCCGGCUCGUCAUCCACUGCAUUGCCGGGGUCGGUUACACGAAUUGCACGGCGGUGGAAGACCAGCCCUGGGAAGUUCCGGGCACUUGUGUGAUCGAGGACAGGUCGGUUACCAGCUGCAAGGUGCAUGAUGUGAAGAGCUACAGCUUCUACGAGGUCAAGAUGCGGGAACGCUGCAGCGAUGCGACGGCAGAGAGUGCGGAUGCCACGCUGAUUGCGGAAGUGUGGCCCUUCCUGUCCGACGCGCCGGACAACAUGACCGUCACGUCUCCCGAGCCCUUCACGCUGAAUGUGAAGUGGGACCCUGGAGAUCCCCAGGAAUGUGUCUUCUCGCACUGGGACGUUCAGGUUCAGGGCCGGCGUGUGGGUGACCUGGACGACACUUUUUCCAGGGAGUCCGUCACCGAUAAAUGGUAUGGUAUGAUCUGGGACCUGGAGGGAAAUGCCUCGUUUCUCAACUGGAGUACGACCAUCGACUCCUGCCGCUUGGUCGGCCAACGAGAUGUUGCAGAAUGCAACAUCACUGGGCUCAUCAGCAACGCAUUGUACGAUGUGCGGAUUGCAGAGCGAUGUGUGGAUGAACGUGCUGACAGCCCGUGGCUCGUGGAGCGGCUGCAGGCCACGAUUCCAGCUUGGGCCUUGAUGCCAUUGGGGCCCAACGUCAGCAACGUCACCACUACCACCAUGGACCUGGAGUGGGCUGCAAGUGAGCCGCGAGACUGCCUCUUCAGCUCCUGGAAGGUCGAGGUGAAGCCCACGGCCAUUACCGACGACGACUGGAUACCGGUGCCAGAGUGCUCCCUCCCUGAUCGCGAUGCCACCUCUUGCCAGAUUGUGGGCCUGCAAAGCUACACGAGCUAUGACAUCCGGAUCCAAGAGACGUGCAUCCAUGACACCAGCAACAGUCCUUACUUGCUAGAGGAGAACUCGUUCACGACUCUGGUGGGGAGCGUCGUCUACGUCGGGACGAACCCCCUCACCAACUCCAAGGCGAUUUUCUUCGGGUCGCGAGGUCUGAAUGCCUGUGCCUAUCACACCAAGUGCUGUGCCGACGAGUUCUCGCUCUGCUACAGCAGCCAAGAGGUGGAUGUUAUCCGGACUGACUUGCCGGAUGCUGGCUGGGGGCAGGACCUGUACCUUUCUUGCGUCGCGGAUACUGUGGCCCAGGACGACAUGAAGCGCAUCGUGGCGCGCCCGCCCGCAAAGCUCGAAGCCGUUGAUCGCACCGCGAACUCCAUCGACCUGGUUUGGCUCCCCUACGGCUCCGGCGGGUACAUGAGUGACUGCUACUGCUCCGAGUGGAAUAUCUUCGUUCGGCGACAAGGUACCACGGAGUGGUUGCUCUCUCCGGACUGCAGAAACAUGCCUUUUUCCCAGAGCAGCUGCACAGUGAAGAAUCUGGAAGACAACUGGCUCGCUCCAAACACCGUCUACGAGAUUCGCGUGCGGCAAACUUGCAGCUUCGAUCGCCUCAGCAGCCCGUACAAAGAGAUCCAGGUUCCCACAUUACCUGGCUGUGUUCUCAGGGCUGCCGCUAUGAAGCAGCGCUUAGACGGGUUCUUCAGCUUCAUCUUUGAUGGUGGUCGUUUCGAUGGCGAUGGAACGGGAUGUUGGCGACGUGGAGGACGAGCCCGAUGUGCUAAAAACUUUCCGUAUAUGUGCGCCAGUCCGGACAGCUGUGCCAAGGUCGAUAGUCUUCAGGCUGGCGGCGUCAGAGCGGGCCUUAGCGCAGUUUCUGGAUCCAGUGGCUGGGCAAGUUGCAGAUAUUGGGCAUGCGACCGUUUCACGCCCGCCGCAUGCCUCCGAGUGCACCCUGUUCAAGGGGAAGCUGACCACUGCUGCAUGGCGGAACCCUGCGGCUCGCGGAAUGGCGGCCGACAUCGUCGUGACCUCCCCAUCGCCGUACUCGCUGAUGGUAGACUGGCAGGCCUUUGA